AUGUCAUUCACUGUCACCUCGACCAUGGCAGAAAUCCCAAUGCUCGAAUAUGAUCUAUCUAUCGCGGAAAAUCGAACCAUCGAAGAUGAGGCUACUGGUAUUAUUUCGAAUUUUCUCCGGCAGAAAUUGCAACCCUCGCACUUGCUCUACAACAAACAUAUUCAAGGCGACCCAGCCCUGCUAUGUGCAGUAUCAAGGCUUUUCAACGACCACUUCGAUCCUUGCCAGGAGGUUCAACCUUCUCACAUCGCCCUCAGCCCCGGAGCAUCGAGCUGUUUGACAACCCUGGUCGGAGCUCUCUGCAGCAAGAACGAUGGCGUCUUGAUCCCCACGCCGUAUUGGAAUGGCUUUGACUUUCAUAUAGAAAGGCAAGCACAGGUUCGCGCCGUUCCGGUAAUUUUCGACAAUUUCGUCGACUCUUUCAACUCGACCGCCAUUGUGAGAGCACUCGAGAAAGCAAUGGACGAGGCUGCUUGCCCGGUAAGAGCAGUGGUCAUAACAAACCCUCACAACCCUCUGGGCCGCUGCUACUCAGCGGACAAUUUGCUGUCGAUUGCUGAAUUCUGUGGCCGUCGAGGACUACAUUUGAUAUCAGAUGAGGUUUAUGCACUCUCAGGGUUUGAUCGAGAUUCUGGGUUUGUCUCCGUGCUGUCUCUGGAGUUGGACCAAGUCAAGUGUGCAACCUCACAGGUCCAUGUUCUCUGGACAAUGAGUAAAGAUUUUGGAUGCAGUGGAGUACGAAUGGCGGCUCUUGUCUCGCAAGACAACCCAGAGCUGCUUCAAACAGUCUCAUUGACAGGAUGCCUUCAAAUCUCCAAUCUGGCAACUUUGGCAGCUUUGGCCAUCCUUACCUCACCACAUAUUUCAGGUUUGAUCAUGACGAGUCGAUUAGAACUGAGCGUAUGCUAUCACAUGAUAAUCGACUUUCUCGAGAGAAGAGGACUAGACUAUAUUCCAGCUACGACGGGACUGUAUGUCUUUACCCGCCUCCUUCCAACUGGGUACGAUCGUGUUUCCGAAUCACAGCUAUCAGAGAUCCUCAAGGCUUCAGGCAUCCUCGUUGGUACCGGGCAGCAGUACCAUGCACCAAACGCAGCAAGAGGAUGGUUCCGGCUAGUGUUUUCGUUGGGUACAGGACGGCUGCGCCCCGCGCUUGUCCGACUUGGAUCAGUUCUCGAUUCGGUACUGGAUAAUAGUUGCAGUACGUGA